AGUUCCUCCCGGAUGGCAGAGCUUCUCACCCUAUCUCUAAGGGAGAGACCUGGAAACUCAUUUCGGCCGCUUGUACCCGUGAUCUUAUCCUUUCGGUCAUGACCCAAAGCUCAUGACCAUAGGUGAGGAUGGGAACGUAGAUCGACCGGUAAAUUGAGAGAAUGAAGGUUACUAUUUUGUUGGUAGUGUAUCUGAUGACUCAGUUAAUGGAACAAACUAAUCAAUGGAUAGUGGAUAUUGAAGAAUGUCUACCAAUACGAUCAUAAAGGUUCUGCCUAGGAUGGGUGUGUAUGUACAGAGGGCGACAAAAACAACUUUAGAUGGGACGAUAAUUGGAGGUUGUGGAAGGUUGAUGUUUGGGUUGGAAGAACAAGAAGAAUGUCCGGAACAUUGGGACGCCUGGAAGCACAAUCUGGGUCAACACGUUGUUGCUGCAUGUUGACAGAGUCCUAAAUGCCGACCCCCACAUGCCCUGAAGUGGAACCAUAGCGCUCAUUAACUGGCAUUGUAAAACUAUCACUUAGGAGGAAGUCAACAACAUCAAGGAUGCUGUGCAGUCAAAAUAUCCCGUGCAAGGACGUCGCCCCCUGCUGAGACGCAACCACAGGGUAAACAAAAUCAAGUGGUGUGUUUUUCCACGUUGUUUGUUAGCGACUGGGCUCUGUACGGACUGCCCACAUCCCUGGGCUGCUUGGCACGUACUCCUCCCACCCUGUGACCGUAUAAAUAUCCCUCUCUCAGCAGGGCUGGGAUACAGACCGCACUGACCUGGAAGGUAGAACAAUCCUUUUCAGGGCUAGAAACUGUUAAAAAAAACUUGCAGAAUGUGGCUCCAAGCUGCUCUUCUGGGUCUGUCGUUCCUCACGUUGGCCAGUCAACUCCAGGCUGAAGACCAGGCAUCCCUGCGUCGCGCUAAGGAUGCGGCGGGACGAUGCCAGUACACCUUCACCGUCACCAGCCCCGAGGAGUCAGGCUGCAGCGGGAGAGCCGAGACGGAAGGAGUUGUGUCACGGCUCACCUUGCUGGAGGCUCUGGUCAGCCGGCUGAUGGCGAGGAGAGAGACGGGAGCUGACGUUGAGGUGGGUUUCCAGGAAGAUUUUUCCCAGCUGACAGGGGAAAGAAACCAGCUGCGCCAAGACAAGGACCGUCUGAAGAGACAGGUCCAGGACCUCCAGGCCAGGGUGAGAGAGCUCAGUCAGGAGACAGACGGCCUCAGGCAGAGCUGCAAGGAGACAAACACCUCAGCGGACCUGCGCAGUCACCAAAGACUUUCUGGCGACCGUGGGCAGGGUUUUAUUAAUAGUGCCUACCAGGAGAUGAAGGCUGAUGUCACAGAGGUCCCAGCAUCCCACCUCCGUCCUGGUGGGAAUGUCUUGGGUUGUGGUGAGGUGAUGUCGGUGGGAGAUCCUGUGUUGCAUAGGAAGGCCGACGGUAUCACAGGGAAGUACGGAGUGUGGCUCCAGGAUCCUGAGCCCCAAGGCACGCAGUACACCAACAAGACGGUGUGGCGUAUCGACACGGUGGGCAAAGACGUCCGUCAGCUGUUUGCGUAUGAAGACAUGGACCAGUUUUCUCGUGGUUUCCCCAUGAAAAUGUUUGUCCUGCCGGAACCGGUAGAGAGCACGGGUGCAACCAUGUACCGCGGCUCGCUCUACUACCAGCGCAAACGCAGCCGUACUCUCAUCCGCUACGACGUGGCCUCCGAGAGCCUGGCAUCACGCCGGGACCUACCUCACGCAGGCUUCCACGGCCAGUACCCCUACUCCUGGGGGGGCUACACGGACAUCGACCUGGCGGUGGACGAGCGGGCUCUGUGGGCCAUCUACAGCACCAGCAAAGCCAAAGGCAGCAUUGUGCUCUCCCAGCUGGACCCUGAGAGCCUGGAGGUGAAGAAGAGCUGGGAGACCAACAUCAGGAAGAACACGGCGGCCAACGCCUUCAUGGCUUGCGGUCGUCUGUACACGGUGGCCAGCUACAGCGCCGCCAACACCACCCUCAACCAGGUCUACGACACUGCCACCGGGGCCAGCCGGGCCAUCUCAGUCCCGUUGAAGAACCGGUACGGUUACAACAGCAUGGUGGACUACAACCACCAGCAGAGGAAGCUGUUUGCCUGGGACAACUUCCACAUGGUCACCUACCACCUGCGACUGAGCAACUGAACACCAAGGUCAUCUGGAUUUCAAAAUAAAAGCAGCGGUUAAGAUGCAGGUCCUUCUAACGCCUGGCAUUGGCUCGCUCUCUCUGUUGCCAUGACGACGCACCGCCCCCAUGGUUAUUGUGCAGAACUGGAGUCUAUUAUUUUUUCCUAAUAGCGCUCGCUGUAAAUAGACUGUACUUGUUUGGCAGACACUAGCAGUCCUAAUAAACCUGCUGCCGUCCUUA